AUGUCAUACUACGAGCCUCAGGGUUGGCAGGCACCGGCCGCGCGCCAGGCCUCUUGGGAGCAACCUGCUCCCCCAUCACGGUCAGGAUCGAGCUCCGUUUCCCAGCGUGACGAAAUCCCGGCGUUUUCUUCUCAGUUUGAUGAGGUCGACCGUGCUAUCGAUAACCUCGUCAAGAGUGGAAAGCUGUGGGCUGCACCCCGGAGGGAUUCUAUGCCCAUGAUGAUGGGCCGUCCCUACCCCGACUACGAUCCCCGCAUGGUCAACUCCAUGAGCCAGCGUCAUCACUCGAUCAGCGAGUUCGAUUCCCGGAUGCAUCCCAGUCCCAAUGUCCAGGGCUUCUAUGCCUCUCAGCGUUUCCAGGGUCGCCCCAAUGAAGUAGAGCAAAUGAUGCAAGCGAAGCGUCGGAUGGCAGCACAGCGUGAGAGGGAGCUCCGCAACUAUCACCAGGAGCAACAGUACAACCGAAGCCUGCUUGCCGAAAUGUCUGGAAACAAGUCCGAUCGCUCCCUCAGCCCGGCCGCCAUGAGCGAAGAAAGCCGCCGGGAACUACUCGCUCGUCAGCAUAGGGCUUUAUACGGCAACGACAGCCCUGCCUUCUUCCCUCCCACCGGUCUCGCCGACGACGGUACACGUUCCGAAAGCCAGGCAGGUGGCACGCCGACUUCCUCGACCGGCGUCCGUGGUGCCUCUCCCCGCAACGUUGAUCCGUUCGGUCUCGCACAAACCCCCGUUCAGGGUGGCGCAGACAGUAUCGGUCAGGCGGCCGCCGGCGCUGCCUCCUUGCAGUCGCCUUCUCGUGCCAACAGCACCUCCUCCCCCAGCUCUGCCAUCAACCCUGUUUUUGGCAAAUACGACGGUGCCGACCAGCCUGUAACCUCGACUUCGUCUCCCGGCGGUGCUGAUUCUCCUUCGUCGAGACAAGCUCCUUCCAAGUCCAUGGCUGGGCCGAUUGGCUCCGUUGGCCCCAUCGGAACCCGUCCUCUGCCCCAGCCUCAUGCGGGACAGGUCUCCAACCCAGCGCUGAACAAGCGCUCCACGACUCCCCUGCCUUCUCCCUUGGGAUUCGGUUUCACUGCGGGCGAUGGCGCCUCGGAUCGGUCUGUUCCCUCCGUGUCGACCGCACCCUCUGCUGCGGCUGCGACCGCUGGUGUCAAGGAUACAUCGGGUGGAGUUGGCCUUGGCUGGGGCAACGGCAGCGGUGUCUGGGGUUCCAAGAACGGUCUCGGAGUUCAGGCAUCGGUCUGGGGUUGA